UAUAAGUAACCUGUUUUUGAAAAAACAACCCUUAAGACAUCUCUUCUUUUCAACCCCACCAUGACCCCAAACUUUGAUGAACAUCGUUGGGUCAUUCAAAUCCGUCGAAUCCUAGAUGAAGAGCUUGAAGAGGACACUGAAAUCCCAGUGAGCAUCUUCAACGUGCCCAAAAUCCUAAUGGCUACUGAUCCAGAUUCAUAUAUUCCACAAGAAGUUGCGCUAGGUCCAUACCAUCAUUCGCGUCCCGAGCUUUACGAGACGGAGAGAUGCAAGCUUGCUGCAGCUAAAAGAAUGCAAAAAAAGCUCCAUAGCAUCAACUUCCACUCUCUAGUUGACCAGUUGACACAGCUCGAGUUGAGGAUUCGAGCUUCCUAUCACAAAUACCUAGAUUUCAAUGGUGAAACCUUAACCUGGAUGAUCGCAAUUGAUGCAUCAUUCUUGCUUGAGUUCCUACAAAUCUAUGCUCUCAAACAAGGUAAGACUCUAACAAGAGAAUAUUCUAGGAUUUCCCAUUUGGUCGAUAUUGCAGGUAGAAAGUCUGGCCAUAAUGCCAUUCUACGUGACAUGGUAAUGUUGGAGAAUCAAAUUCCACUCUUCGUAUUAAGGAAGAUGUUAGAAUUCCAAUUCUCAUCGUUGGAAUUAUCGGAUGAUAUGUUACAUUCCAUGUUAACGGGAUUGUGCAAGGAGGUUUCUCCCUUUAAGAUGAUAAAGGUGUUACCAAAUCUUCAAGUCUCCAAGCAUGCUCACGUGCUGGACUUUUUGUACCAUGGGAUAGUGACCAAAUGGGAAGAUAAUUUUGAUCAAUCAUCCCAAGUAACAUAUGAUCAAGUUGAUCAGGAUCAGAAUGAAGUCAAGGAAGGAGAAGAACAAUCCUCUGCCAAUUCAAGCUAUGUUAAACAACUCCUUGUUAUGAUUUGGGAGGUCCUUCCAAAUUUUAAUAAAGGACCAUUUCUAGUGAUACAAAAAUUGCCUUGGGGUAUCAUCUCAAACCUUCCACCAUUUAGAGUGUUGAAACAAAAGAUUGAAUUGUCAUUCUCUUCCCAAGAUAUAGAACAAGGCAGUCUCCAAAAUGAGAAUGCUUCUAACUCGAAUACUAACUGUGACAAGCCUCCAAUGGCUGUGGAAAUCGAAAUCCCUUCAGUCACCAAUCUCUCCAAAGCCGGUGUCCGUUUCUUACCCACUGAGGGUGGCAUCUCAAACAUUAGUUUCGAUGUUAGAACAAAUACAUUGUACCUCCCUCCGGUCAGCUUAGACGUGAACACUGAGGUCAUCAUGAGAAACUUAGUAGCAUAUGAAGCAUGCAAUGCAUCGGGGCCAUUGGUUUUCACUCGUUACACUGAAUUAAUGAAUGGGAUUGUUGAUGAUGAAGAGGAUGCAAAGCUGCUCAGAGAAAAAGGGAUUAUUUUGAACCAUUUGAAGAGUGAUAAAGAGGUGACCAAUCUGUGGAAUGGGAUGACCAAGUCUAUUAGGUUAACCAAAGUAUCACUCUUAGAUAAAGUGAUCGAAGACGUCAACAAGUAUUACCAUGGAAGGUGGAAUGUCAAAGUCGGAAAAUUCAUGAAGAUUUAUGUGUUUGGCUCAUGGCAGUUUCUCACAUUUCUGGCCACUAUUUUUCUCCUUUUGUUGAUGAGCUUACAAGCGUUUUGCUCUGUCUAUUCUUGUGCCCGCAUAUUUGAAGUCAAAACCAGUUAGUGAUUUUGUGUAAUUUGUACUUCUAUCAUGACCGAUGUUAUUCAUGAUUAAUUUUUCUAUCAUGAAUUCAUUCUCUGUCUUCUCACUCAAAAUUAAUAA